GCAUGUAACCCCAGAUAAGUUAAGGGAACCUUUGGAGCCAUUUAUAGCCAAAAUCAUUGUUUGGUACAAUUUGGAACUCAGAGACGUCUUGCGCAUGGAAAGCAGGGUACUUCCUGGUUUUCCUCGGUGUGUUUUCUUGCUUGACAAGAGAGCUUUCUAGAUUGAGUAUCGUGAAAAAGCAGCAACAUCGAAACCAAAUAGUUAGUUUUAUAGCAACGAUAGUCUUGACACGUCAAAGGUGAUUAGAGAAACACAUACUGUGCCGCGAAAUACGCCUACAAUAACGAUGUUAGCAAGCAACUAGCGAGCUAGACUUGACAAGCUACAAUAAGCUACGAAUGGUGAAUGGUGUAACGUUAACUAGCUAAGAUUAACGUGUCUGACAAUCAGAAAGAGGACCCUUCUCUGAAAAUUCUUUCCUUGAUUGGGAAAGAGCAGCAUGGGGCGAGCGCUGCAAACGCUCUAGAAUGAAGAAAAGCUCGGCACACCGCUGCAGGGACAUUGAGAGGCAAGCCGGCUACCUGCAGCCCGAGCACUGUGCCCCCCCCCCGGCCCGCCCCCGCUCCAACGCCAUGUGGUUCAUCCGCGACUGCUGUGGCGUCGUCUGCGGCGUCAUCACGUGGUGCCUGGUGUUCUACGCCGAGUUUGUGGUCGUCUUCGUCAUGCUGCUGCCCGCCAAGAACCUGCCCUACAGUCUCAUCAACGGGGCAUUGUUCAACGCCCUGGCCUUCCUCGCCCUGGCCUCGCAUGCCCGUGCCAUGUGCACAGACCCAGGGGCGGUGCCAAAAGGGAAUGCGACCAAGGAGUUCAUUGAGAGCCUGCAGCUCAAGCCUGGCCAGGUCGUCUACAAGUGUCCCAAGUGCUGUAGUAUCAAGCCCGACAGAGCGCACCACUGCAGUGUGUGUAAACGUUGUAUCAAGAAAAUGGACCACCACUGCCCCUGGGUGAACAACUGCGUCGGAGAGAACAACCAGAAAUACUUUGUGCUUUUCACAAUGUACAUUGCGCUGAUAUCUCUCCAUGCCCUGAUCAUGGUGGCCUUCCAUUUUAUCUUCUGCUUUGAGUCUGACUGGACAAAAUGUAGUUCCUUUUCUCCUCCAGCAACUGUCAUCCUCCUUAUCCUCCUGUGCUUUGAGGGACUCCUCUUCCUUAUUUUCACCUCAGUGAUGUUUGGGACCCAAGUCCAUUCCAUCUGUACUGAUGAGACAGGCAUAGAGCAGUUGAAGAAGGAGGAGAGAAGAUGGGCCAAAAGAACAAAGUGGAUGAACAUGAAGGUGGUUUUUGGCCACCCAUUCUCUAUAGCUUGGCUAAGUCCCUUUGCAACACCUGACCACGGGAAGGCAGACUAUUACCAGUAUGUUGUCUGAGACAGGAUCCCUAGCUUCACUACCUAUGCUUACCAGCCUGACCGUCUCGGCAUGGACUGAUGAUACGUACGGGCUAUGAGUCUUCCCACUGCCUAAUUUCACUGAGCAUGAAGUCUUGCAUGAAGACACUUCUUUCUCUUUUUGGUAUUUGAUGAUUUUUUUUUUACAUUUCAGGGUCUUUAUGAAAAUCUUUCUAUCUGUCUUUUUAAUACUUGUCUCUUUUUUGGAUUCUUUCUUUGCCUGGGGCUGAAAUCUUUAUGAAGUACAAGAUUUUGUCCCUUUUGUUCAGUGCUACCACCAAGCCCUACAAAACCUUCAGUAAAAUGCCAAUUUUUACCAAUCAAGAAGGCACUUACUGAUGUAACCUGGCAAAAGCCAGUGUUUUUGUCUGACUACAAACUGGACUUUGAGAUAGGAAUGGAAAUUGACAUGUUCCAACACACAAAGUAUUUCCUGUAUAUGGUAAUUUCCUGUUUAAAGGCUUAAAAGACGAAAAUGUAUAAGCUGAAUUUAAUGCAGAUUGUUUUCAUUUCACGGGUAGACCUUUGUCUUACGGUGUUACAAUAUCUUGCCUUUCAGUAAUGUAGUCAAAGUGCUGUUAACUAUAGUGUGCCAAUGCCACCAAGUCAGACUGCUACCAACCUGCUAUGUCAGCAGUUUAAAACAGCAACAUUUUCUGCUGCAAGCUGGAGGUUUUCUGCCUUAUUUCACAGUACUUCAUUGACAAUGGAUGUUGGUUUUAACGGUCUUUGUAGUUCUAUAACAUCGAGUUUGAGUAAAAAAACAAAUAAUUGGCUUCUUCUUGUUUGUUGUCAAAUCAAGUAUUUAUGAUGGAUUCCUAAAGGUCAUCACAGGAUAAGGAUGAGUUUGGGACACCAACUGAUUGAAAGUCCAGCUGCAGUAAUGUAUGGUUGCAUCUGUAGCCCUCUGUGGCAUGACAUUUAAGUAGCUAAUGUAUGUGACAACCAUUUUUAUAGAAACAUGACAGUGAUGAUCUCAGAGAUUUUUUUUUAGAUUACUCAGUAAUCACACCACAUACAAAAUACAGUAAUUAACAUGUUCAGGUUAACUUUUUUUUAAACAGACGCACCCACCAAAGUGUAAGUCCCAUGUGUUUACUAAAAUUAAUUUGUGAAUGCCAUGUUAAAUUAAGCUUGAGGUUGUGGAUUCUGGAUCUUGCACAGCUUAGCUUUGCUGGACAAACACUGGUGAUGAAAUUUAGGCCAGAGAACAGGUUGGUUGAAGUCGAAAAGAACAUACUGGCUGAAUGUAGUCUUUUUAAAUGUCACUAUUGUGGAUGUUGAUACUGUGGCUACAGUAGUUCACACACUAUGAAAAAUGCACAGAAAGAUCUCAGUCUAGUGUUGAUUGACUAAGGGCAAUUUCACACUGACUGCAAACCAACAAGCCUUUUUCAAAGCAGACAGUUCAGUGAAAAUGCCCUUUUGCCUGGGGGAAAGUAAUCACCAAAUCAGUUGUCUAUAUUCACAAGUUUUACUGUAGUCAAAAGGACAAUGACUGCACCCUGAUUGGUAUUACGGAAAGCCCUUUCAUUGAUUUAAAUAGGACUUUUAAGUUGAGGUACUGUACAACUUUUCAGGAAUGUUUUUGCUGCCAUAUUAUCUGGUUUACAAAGGGGGAAUCUCUGAACAGUUUCAGUCUUCAUGGGCAGUGUUGAAUUUACUACGAAUUGGCUGACAAUGUCACAGAGAUUAUACGAUGGAGCAGAAGGCUGUGUAGCUGUUUAAAACUCAAACGCCACAGUUUUUCAUAGUGCUGACAGACCGAAGCUAUAACGUCAUAUGUAACGUUAACGGAAUAUGGAUUCAAGUAUUCAUGUUAUAGUACGCAUUUAGACACUAGAAAUAAAUGAUAUCUGACAUCAGAGUCUGUCAGUCAGUCUACAGUGGCAUGUUGCAUAUUAAGCUAAGAAGGAUCUGGCCAUGUCUUUCAUGGAAGUGGUUAACCCAGAGGGGAACUCUCUCAGGCUUUCAGAAGCAGUGGUCUUUUCAAUCAAACGGCAGACUAUCAAAGCCAUGAACUCAGCGGGAAUGUACAGAAUUCAUCAAAUAUUCCUCCCUUCUUUUUAAAUGGAGAAUGCAGUGCAUUUGCAAGGGAUGGCUGACAUAUUCUGCUGUAUUGUCAUGUGUAUUGAUUUUCAAGAUACGAGUAAUCAAGUUAAAUAAAGUAGAAUGAAUGUUAUGUUGCUUUUUGUAACUUGUAUCUUACCUGUCUAUCUUUUAAGGAACGUGCAACUUUUUUGAAGGUUAAGGGAGUUGAUUUGAAGCACCUUUCUUUUUUUUCUUUUUUUAUAAUACACUCCACUAUUUCCACUACAAGCACUAUUUAGUCAAUAAUUUUUGUCAUAUCAACAAGGUAUGGACCUUUUGACGAAAUGCUUUGUUGUCUGUUUCCACACAUUAUUGCAAACAGAAAUAUAAAUAAUUGAAAAAAAUAUAAAAGAAUAAAGAUAUUA